AUCCCGAAAAAACCCGGGCCACACACGCCGCGACCUACAGCCGUUGCUCAGCGUUGGAGUGGAGACGGCGCCCGCAGCCCCCUGCGCUGGUGAGGUCCGCGCAGCUGCCGGGAAGAGCCCACCUGCCGGGCUGCGCUCGGCCCGCGCCGCAAGUGGGGCUGGCGGCUAUCUCGCUGCACUCGGCCGUGACCGGGACUCCGUGAGCCCUCGCCCCAGCUGGUUUGGAGUUCAACCCUCGGCUUUGACGCCGGCUCCCUGCGCCUUCGGAGUGUCCCGCAGCGACGCCGGGAGCGGACGCGCCGCGCGGGUACCUCGCCAUGGCUGGGGUGAGCAGGCUGCUCUUUCUGUGGCUGGGCUGCUUCUGCGUGAGCCUGGCUCAGGGCGAGAGACCGAAGCAACCUUUCCCGGAGGUCCGUAAAGCUGUGCCAGGUGACCGCACGGCAGGUGGUGGCCGGGACUCCGAGCUGCAGCCUCAAGACAAGGUCUCUGAACACAUGCUGCGGCUCUAUGACAGGUACAGCACGGUCCAGGCGGCGCGAACACCGGGCUCCCCGGAGCGAGGCUCGCAGCCCAGGCGCCCCCAGCCUCUGCGCGAAGGCAACACGGUUCGCAGCUUUCGGGCGGGAGCAGCAGAAACUCUUGAAAGCAGAGGACUGCAUAUUUUCAAUCUGACGUCACUAACCAAGUCUGAAAACAUUUUGUCUGCCACACUAUAUUUCUAUAUCGGAGAGCUAGAAAACAUCAGCCUGAGUUGUCCAGCGUCCGGAGGAUGCUCCCAUCAUGCUCAGAGGAAACAUAUUCAGAUCAAUCUUUCUGCAUGGGUCCUCAAAUUCAACAGAAACCAAAGUCAACUCCUUGGCUAUCUGUCAGUGGAUAUGGGCAAAUCUCAUCAAGAUAUCAUGCCUUGGCUGUCUAAAGAUAUCACUCAACUCCUGAGGAAGGCCAAAGAAAAUGGGGAGUUUCUCAUAGGCUUUAACAUUACCUCCAAGGGACACCAGUUGCCAAAGAGGAUGUUACCUUUUCCAGAGCCUUAUAUCUUGGUAUAUGCCAAUGAUGUUGCCAUUUCUGAGCCAGAAAGUGUGGUGUCAAGCUUACAGGGACAUCGGAAUUUUCCCACUGGAUCUGUUCCCAAAUGGGAUAGCCACAUCAGACUUGCCCUUUCCAUUGAACGGAGGAAGAAGCGCUCUACUGGGGUCUUGCUGCCUCUGCAGAACAACGAACUUCCUGGGGCAGAAUACCAGUAUAAAAUGGAUGAAGUGUGGGAGGAUAGAAAGCCUUACAAGACCCUUCAGACUCAGGCUCCUGAAAAGAGUAAGAACAAAAAGAAACAGAGAAAGGGACCUCAUCAGAAGAGCCAGACACUCCAGUUUGAUGAGCAGACCCUGAAAAAGGCAAGGAGAAAGCAAUGGAUUGAACCUCGGAAUUGUGCCAGGAGAUACCUUAAAGUGGACUUUGCAGAUAUUGGCUGGAGUGAAUGGAUUAUCUCCCCCAAGUCCUUUGAUGCCUAUUACUGCUCUGGAGCAUGCCAGUUUCCCAUGCCAAAGUCUUUGAAGCCAUCAAAUCAUGCUACCAUCCAGAGUAUAGUGAGAGCUGUGGGGGUCGUUCCUGGGAUUCCUGAGCCUUGCUGUGUACCAGAAAAGAUGUCCUCACUCAGUAUUUUAUUCUUUGAUGAAAAUAAGAAUGUAGUGCUUAAAGUAUAUCCUAACAUGACAGUAGAGUCUUGUGCUUGCAGAUAACUGCAAGCAAUGGCAAAUAACUCAUCUGAAUGCAUAAUUCAAUCAUUAGUUUAUUUUUACGAACUUCUUCUUCUUUUUUUUUUUUUUUGCACUGCCAAUGCAUUUUGUUUCAAAAGAUUAUUAGAUUAUUUCUAUAGUCAGAUGGGAAUGAGCAAAUAGAUCGAAGAUUUUCCCCAAGCAGGACUGUAUUUGCUUCUGAAUGUAACUUAAAGCAAAAUUUUAGUAAAUAUGGACAUCUAUUUCUCUUUUUGUAAUCAAACACAAAAACUUAUCAGACUGUUUUUGGAACUGUUAGAGAACACACUGGUUUAUUUUUGUAAUGGGCUUUGAAAAUAGAAUGGAAAAACAGCAAUAGCCUGUCAUUUAUCUCUACUCAUUUAAUCACUAAAGGGAAAUAGAGAGUAAUUUCAUGUUUUGAAUUAGGCUUAUUGCCUUAAAUUCCUGAGAAAGUGCUAAAUAAUCAACUCUGAUGUUUAUCUUAAGUUGUUGAGACUUUUGUUUAUCCUUGUUUUUCCCCCACAAGUCAUUGUGUAAGUGUAACGGAAAGUGUGUGCUGAGCGUUAGUGUGUAUGUAUGUGUGUACAUGUGCCAGGUGCCUGUGCCCUCUGCAGGAUGGUUUGCUUAAUAUGGCUAUAUAAUUCAGUUUACACAGAAUUCUUUAUAUUUUUAAACUUUAUGUUUUGGCAAACACCAUUCAGUUAUGAGAAUGUUGCCAAAUAUGACAGAAUAAUCCAAGAGCAUAUACAGAGAGUUACCACUUGACCGAGCUACCAAUUGCAAAUACAGUUGUUUUCAUUUCAUUUCCUACCAGAAAAAGAAAUCAACAACCCAGUUUUAGAAAACACAAGCAUAAUUCCUCUUCUCUACUUCUUUUACACAAAUACUUUUGUUUAUUCUAAAUUGAAUUAAAAGUCUUUCCUAAAGCCAUUAACUUUUUAAUUCUCUUUAUAUGUCUUUACUUCCUAUGAAGUUAUUGAUAGAUGUUGAGGUCCAAAAACUGAUGGAAUAUUCAAGAUCUUUUUAAAUGAUCAAUUUAACUAUAAUCACUUAUUGAGUCUCUUUCUUCAGUCAUAUCCAAGUCAGGCAUUUUUUCACAUAGAUCAGGACUUUAGCUCAGUCUUAAAAGCUAUACUUUAGCAAAGCUCACUAAACACUAUUCACCAGGUAUGGGAAUCAAAUAUAGACACUUGUUCGUCUUUGUUUUCCAUUUCUAUGUGUCACAUACAUGUGUCCUCUUAUACUUUUACUCUUGAACAUUAUUUCAAAAACCUUCUUCUCACUGUAUUUAUUUUGUGUGUCGGAAAUGUUUUCAGGCCAUAGAUCACUGUUAUUGUUAAUCUGUGGUUAAAUCUCAUUUCACUUCAGUCUUACCUGACAGUUAGAAACAUCUCAGCCAUUUCAGAGGCUGUACAGUAUCAGAAGACAUGGAGUUUGUUCUGUCUCUGCCUGUGGCUAAUUAUGGUGGUUCAGUCAUUUAAUAAAUAUGUUCUGAGCAUC